AAAAUCAUGGAUUUUUUUAGAAAAUUAAGUAUAUUUGUUCUUUUUUGUCUUAUUACAAUUUCCUCUGAAAUAAUUCACACAAAUGGUGAUCAACAAAAUGUUGAAGACAAUAAAAAAGAACAAUCUCCUACACAAAUGCUAGAAGAAGCUUAUUCUAUGCUUCUUACAUCUACAUUACGUUCUUUGGAUGUGGCUAAGUCAUAUAUUAAUCAACUUCAACUUAAGUAUUUUCCUCCAAAUGUAGAUUUCAGAAGCAAGGAUGAUGUCAGUUCUAAUGGAGGUGCUGGAGAGAGGAUAAUGGAGGCUACUCAGAAGAGCUUUGAGAAGAGCAAAGAGACUGUAGAAGGAUCCGCCAAAUCUGCUGCUGAGGCGGUGGAGCAGAAAGUGCAUGACACAGCUGACAAAGUGAAGGAUACAAUAUCUGCAGGGCACAAAACAGAUGAGAAAACUGAAGCCACUGUGCCUUCUGGACAUGAUGAACUCUGAAAAUAAUCUACUAACAAGUCAAGAAGUGAUUAGCAUUUCUUCCUUUCUCUUCUGUAGUGUAAUACUU